GAUCCGCCGACACCCCCCAUGUGGACCCCGGGGACAUACGUCCUCCUGAACGCGCGCGCGGGGACGGCGAUGGACCUGCACGGAUAUGACUACACGAGCAUCAUCGGCUACCCUAUGCACGGGGGGCCGAACCAGCAAUGGGAGUUCAUCCCAAGCGGGCACGGGUACGUCAUCCGAUGCGUGCGCUCGGCGAAGGCAGGGCACGCGCUGUACUUAACGGUGGAGGGCGGGGUGAGGAACAAUGCGCCGGUCGUGGCGAAUGCGUAUCCUGUUACGUGGAGCGUUGAGCAGACUGAGGACGGGAUCAGGGUGUGCAGGAUAUCGUGGCCGAACUCGAACUUCGUCUUUGAUCUCGCCGACUGGGGCGACAGCACGCCCGGCACCAGGAUUCAGCUGAUGCCCCUCGUUCCUGGGGAGCUCUGCCAGCUCUGGCACUACACCCGCUGCGCGCCGGCCGAGCGUGAACACGAGAAGGGCAUGGAUGUCGAGGUGCAGACCGAGCGAGCGGUCUCGCACCCCGCAACGACCGAGACCGUCACCCUAACCGAGGAGUCCGGCUUUGUGACCACGACGCGCACGACGACCACGACGGUCCUCACUACGGUCACGGAAGUGACGCGGACCCCUAGCCCGCGAUUCCGCUCCCAGGCGCACCCGCAGCACCAACACAAGAACCAGCAGCCGCAGCGGCGGAGCAUCGGCUACCGGUGAGGCGCAAGAGUCGCCCUCGUCCGUGGGGAGGACUCGACUCUGACGAGCUCGUCGGACAGGGAGGCGUUCCCUGAGAGAUUGUUGUAUGAUGUGUUGUUGCUCACCGCCCUCACUUUGCUUUCGUUUUCGUAAAUUAUUGUCGCCCACUGUGUCUUCAAUGUAGCCUCUUGCGCCACUUGCGCAGU